AACAGAGUUCAGUGUUUUCUCCAUUUCUUGCCUAAUCUUUUGAUGCAUCUUUUUUUGUUUGUUUGCUUAAUUUCUAGAGCCAGCAGGCCAUUAACCACGAAUCAUGUCAGUGAAACUAACCUUUGUCUCCCACGCUGAUGGGGGAAGAAUCAGCAGAAGCUGCUCCUUCGCUGGAUUUAGCAACACACAGAGCCGGAAGUUGGCAAAGUCUCUCAGCAAAGGUUCCACAAGAUCCAAAAUGUCAGUAAAAUCUGCCAAGAUGUAUUCCUCCCUCCAGAAAGGGGCCGUCCUCUGUGAUCCCAAACCACAACAAGUGAAGAAGGUUUUUGAAGCUUUGAAGAAAGGGCUUAACGAAUAUCUGGAAAUGCAUUCAACAGAGCUGGAUUAUCUGUCCGAGUGCCACCGAGACACAAGAAGGAAUUCCAGGCUGGCUUUCUACUAUGAUUUGGACAAGCAAAUCCGUUCUGUUGAAAGAUAUAUUAGGAAACUGGAAUUUCAUAUAAGCAAGGUAGAAGAAUUAUAUGAAGCUUACAGCAUCCAGUGUAGACUGCGAGAUGGUGCUUCAAAUAUGAGACACGCUUUUUCCUUGUCUCCUUCCACUAAAGCAUCAAGAGAGAGCCUGGUAGAACUCUACAAAAAUCUCCAAGAAUGUACAGAGGAUAUGUGUUUGAUCGAGGGGACCCUUGAAGUACAUUUGGGGGAGUUUCACUUGAAGAUGAAAGGGUUGGUGGGUUAUGCACGUCUCUGUCCAGGUGACCAAUAUGAGGUGUUCAUACGACUGGGGCGCCAGAAGUGGAAAAUAAAAGGCAAGAUUCUGACAGAUGACAGUCAAACGUGGGAGGAGGAAGAAAAACUGUUUAUACCCAGUCUUCAUGAGAAUUUUGAAAUCAAGGUGACAGAACUGCGAGGACUCAGUACGGUCCUGGUUGGCAUUGUAACGUGUGACAGCAUCGACUUCUUUACGACUAGGCCUCAAGCCAUCAUUGUGGAUAUAUCUGAAUUAGGUACCAUCAAACUACAACUGGAAGUCCUGUGGAAUCCUUUUGAUUCCGAGGAUUUGAUUUUGUCUCCUGGGUCCACCACUAAGUUUUCUAUAGGGAGUAGAAAAAACUCCAUAUACAGCUGGACUCCUCCAAACACUCCUAGCUUCCGAGAAAGAUAUUAUCUUUCUGUUUUGCAACAAGGAAAGAAACAUGCAAAUAUUAGGGAAGAGACCCAAGAUUCCUGCAUCCUGAGCUACUUGGCAGACUGUGAUUUUAACAUGAGUCUGAGGAGUGUAAGUCACAGCCUUACGGAGACAACGGAAGGAAGUUCAUUUAGUUCUGAAAGUCAGAAAGGGGCAGAAAGCAGAAACAUGACUCCACCAUCAAAUCACAGGAAGUUGCCAUUGGCUAUACUACAGAAUAAUUGUGUGGAAGGAAAGCAACAGGAUAUUUCAAUAUGCCAGCCUCCUGGCCGCAGAACUUUAGAUAUCCUACAAGAGACACCCUACGCUGAAACUUCUCUAAUGAUUCCAUCACGUUCGCUGGAGCAAGACAAAGAUGGCAGUAAAUCCAUCAGUGGGGACUGGAAUCACUCUUCAGAGCAACAAAGGAAGAUUCUCUCUGCUGAACAAAGGGACUGGAAUGGUGAUAGCGGUGGUGGUGGUGGUGGUGAUGAUGUUGCCAAACCUAGUGGAAAGACCAAGUCAGUUGAGAAGCUCCUACAGGAAGUAUUACAUUUGAUGAAGUCACAGAAUCCAAAUCCUGGCCCACUGGAGGAAUUGGAAUACCAGGUCUUCUGUAUCCAGGACAAAUUAAAGCCCAGAAAGUAUCAUCCAAAACACUGUUCCAUGGAGAGUUUGAUGGUGGAGACCGUGUUGGAAAGCUUUGACUUCCUCAAUGCUGACUGCAGUGCUGAUGAACUCUCAUCCUUCGGCAGUGUUAGAACCUGCAGCACCAGCAUCUACAAUGAUGCUACCCUUUCUUCCCUGUGCUGUGAUGCCCACAUGGAAAAGGAGUUAACCACAGGAAGUGAUGACCUGGAUAGACUUCUGGAAAUCCACCUGCAACUCUGCCGAGUUCUUCUGCAGAAACUCAUAAAGCCGAACUUAGCUCCAAUUAUCCAGGAUAACCUUUUGAAAGAGGUGUCACAACAGAAGCAUGUCUUGGAAAUAAUUUCUGCUCUGGCUACUCCUGUGCCACGAAACGUUACUUCUGUUGAAGAGAUUAUCCAAAAAGCCAAAAAGGAGAAACACUGCUUGAAGAUCUGGAGUGAAUGCACUGAACAGGGAAGCAUAUUAUUCUGUCCAGUGGAAAGAUUUUGGAAUCCUUUGAAAUAUAUAUUGAUGUUCAAAACAAAAGAGAAAUAUCGACAUCAUCUAGAAAAAGUUUUGCAGGUAUUCCUGGAACAGAUAGUUGGAGGUGUUUUAUUAGGUAACUCGACAGAUGUCCCAGCUGAAUCUGUGACACUAUUCCAGUUUUACAGCUACCUGGAGAAACACCAUGUAAACAACUUGGAAAAAUAUUUGAUCCGAUUCGCUAAAGAAGUAAUAUUGACAGAGGACCUGCAACGUCCUGGGAGAAUGAAGAAAAUAAAGAAGCUAAAAGGGAAGCAGCUGAAUCAGCUGGAACCUCUGCCUCAGACCUUACGGCUCCUUGCGGUCCUGCAGCUUGAUGAGAAUCACCGUAUAGGCAAAGCAGCCACAUCGUGCCUUUCUCGUGCAGCAGCCAACAGGAAUUUCAGGGAAAAAGCUCUUCCUUUUUACACAGAUCUCUUAAGCAACGAUGAUAGUAAACUACAGCAAGCCGCGUGUCUAGCCCUUAAAAACCUCAGAGGCAUUGAAUGUCUAGAGCAAAUUGCCAGACUGUGCCAGUCAGAAACAGAAGAAGUGCGGAACGCUGCCAGAGAAACAACACUUUCAUUUGGAGAAAAGGGAAGAUUGGCUUUUGAAAAAAUGGACAAAAUAUGCUGUGAACUAAGAGAGGCUAUGUAUCAGGAGGCUGAAGUUGAAAUUACAGUAUUUUGAACAAUAGCUUCAAAGGAGGUACCAAAGAUUAGAUGCUACAGUAGAAAGUAAUCAUCUAAGAGGAAGGAGGGAUAACACCAUUGGCAAAUGUAACAACAAAUCAUAACUAGCAAAUCUUUUAAGCAUCCACAUUCUACAGUCUUCAAUAUAACUAAUAUUAUGCUUGCACUAUAUCUGGAUGCUGAAGAUGUAUAGUGAAACCCAAAACUCCAUUUUUGGAUUUGAGGAAUGAGAUUGAAGAAGCUUCCUUUUUAAACUGUUGGACGUCCCUCUUUGGUUUCCAUUCAGGACAAAUAUUUAUCUUCUCUGGGCAAAAGAGGAGGCAGACUAUUUUAUAUAUUUAUUCAUUUAAUUCUUGUAGACCAAGAUUUUCAAAUGUAAAGUUCUAAAAUUAUUCGCUCAUUGCAGCAAAUUAACCUGUGGUUGUCUUCUAGUUGCCUUUUUCCUCAAAGCAGCAAAUCUUACAGAGGCUACACAAAGUUAAGGAGGGCACUAGGCUGAUCAUUUCAAUUUUUAGUCACUUUUUUCUUUUUGACAUAAAACAUCCUGGGACAAACCCAUCACUGCUGCCCCCAGUCAAUUCUUGUUCUUUGGGGACAGGGGCAUCUGCAGUGGUGGCUGCAACUGGGUUAUUGAAGCCUUGCCCUGUUUUUUUAUUUGUAUCAUGUCUACAGCACAUGUGAAAAAACGGGCAGGGCUUUGAUUGCACAAAACACAAAAUUCUUGGAUUUGAAGACUGAGAUUGGAGCUUUUCAAACAGUUGUUGGACAUCCCUAUUUGGCUUCCAUUUAAGACGAAUAUUGCCAUCUUGACUUUUUUGACAGCCCCUCCCUUCCUCCCUAUGGCCGCAUCUAUUUGGAGAUAUUUUCACUCAACUAAUAGAACACAUUGGAGUAAAAUCUUAACUAACAAAAAGAAAGAAAAAGUGAUUCAGGCAACAAUAAUUAAGUGGAGGGAAGGGGCUGGAGAAUGGGAAAAAAAGUUUUCCCUCUUGGGAAAAUAUAUCCCAAGAAAUAGUUUUGGAAACAUUGUCCCCCAAAGAUUUGAAUAGAUAAAUUGAAAUUACGAGACUUUGUUUCUGUCAAUGAAGUUUAAAAUGGCUGUAUGCAAUUAAUAGUACCAUGUGAUACAAAAGAAAAACCAUUUCCUCCCAUUCUGUUUCCAAGGCUCCUUUUUAAGUAAUAACAGAGAACUAUUUUUAAAUGGCCUCUAAUGGUAGCCUUAAGUAUAUUUUUAUAAUGUUUUUAUUGAACUUGGCAACACCUGGUUCUGAGUAAACAGGUAUUAGGGCUUUGAAUGCACAGUAUGGUUUUCCUUUGGCCAAUAAUGGGUGACCAUGCCGAAUUUACAAGUAGGUUUUCAUUGCCUAAUCAAUAUCCUUUUAUACAGUAUAUUUUGCUCUGUAUUUUUCAGUAUUUAUUGCUAAGACUAGUUUGAAUAUUCAGUUUUUUAAAAAAAAGAUUCUAUUAAAACAUCUGAAAAGCAUUUUCAUUUUUCAAGUGAUCAUUUAAAUAAAAUUUAAAAACAAAAUGAAGUAAGAGUUUAUAGGCAAGAGUCAAUUUCAUUUGGGUAAAUUUGUUUGACUUUAAAGUGCUGGGGAAGAGACAGAACUUAGCGGAGAAGGUUGCAAUGAGUAGGAGUUAUUACAUGAACUGGGCAGCCCCUAAUAUGCUCAUAUGCAGCCCAAUGUUACAAGUUUGGAUUUUGGCAGAAUAACGGUCCUUUGUUUUUAUUUUUAUUGAGUUAAACCUAUUUUUAUGUAUUACAGAGCAGGUUUUUAUGUUUUUCUGCUUCAGAACAGUAAGAGUUUUGGUGGUUGCUCUGCAGUGGAAUCAGAGGGGCUUAUAUAUAAUAGAAUGUCUUUAAGUCAGUUUUGACUCUUGAUAACUGCAUGGACAAGUCCAUGAAGUUUUGUUGGCCAUAUUUUCAGAAGUGGGUUGUCAUUACUUUCUUCCUAAUGCUGAAAGGGAGGGACUGUCUCAAAGUCACCCAGCUGACUUCAUGCCUAAGACAGGACCAGAACUCAUGAUCUCUUGGCUGUUAGUUCAGUGUCUAACUACCACACCAAACUGGCUAUUUACAAGGGAAAAAAAAAGUCUUCCACAAAUAAAAUGUACUCAUCAAAUUAUAGAAUUGGAAGAGUCUUGACAAGUACGGACCCUCAAUUUGAUUUUCAACCCUAUUGUCUAAUUUUCUCUAUAAUAGUCUUCUAGGAGUGAUUUUGGCAUCCCUUGAAGGGCAAUUCCAUGAAUGAUUGCAUGAAAUUACCAAUACAAAUACUGUUGAAUACCUUGCUCUGACAUAUUGUUUCUUCAACAAGAGCCACCUUUGUGAAAAGCUGCAGGUCUUUACAAACGAUAAAUCUUUCCUAGACGCUGACUCUUGUAAAGCAAGUGUUAUGUGCCCCCCCCCCAUGUCUUUCCUUUGUGCUAUACAAAGGCUGAAUGUAAAAUUUAAAACCAUUUUUUUUCACCAAUUAAAGUAUUAGUGCAUGAAAUUAGGAGGAUUGCAGUCCCUCAAUACAGCAAAGGGGUAGGGAUAAAAACUCAUCCUAAUCUAGCGUGGAAUCUUUCCCCACAACUGCCAAUUUAUGAGAAAUGGCUAGCCUGCAAUUUCAAAGUAAAAGUACAUGACUAAAAUUUCCCAUGAAGACCAAGACAUAGUCUGAAUGGCUCAACGUGGGGCCUUUGCUGCUGCAACUUAAGCAAAAAAGGAAGCGGAGAAAAAUCAGACGUGUUUCUUUACAAAAGAAUUUUAUUCUUGCAGCUAAAAUGAGAACUGAAAAUUUGUAUGGGAAGUUGAAAAACUGUACAGUUUUACUGAAACUGUAAGGGCACUGCAGUGCCUUACAUAAGAGACAAUAUACCUGAAAACGUAUUAUACCAAAACAUUUAGCUUGUUUUUAUUUCAUUUCAUUUCUUUUCUUAAAAAAAGUUUUCUAUGGCAAUCGGUAAAAAAGAAAGACCUGAUGAGUAAAUAUUUGCUUAAGGCAUAUAGCAGAGCAGCUCACUAACUUUCUAACAAGUUUAAACAUGGAUAUUUUCUUUUCCUCUCCCCCCAACCCUUCCCAAGAAUAGGUUAACCAAUACAUCCACUUUGAAACGCUACUGUAUAUACACACCCCAAACUACUACAUACAUGUACAGGACAUCAAAACAAAAUGCUUACAGUUCAGCAUGACAAGCCGUAUCCACACCUCGCUGAGCAUUAUUGGGGCUUUCUACUGUAUCUCUUACAACACUUCUUGUGUUCAAAUUGAUCAAGGCAAAUAGUGAUGCUGGCGGGCUUGAGAGGAGCACCGUAACCAGAAAGAGUUUCUUGGCCAUCUUUGGACACUAAGAAAUGUAUUUCUCCCUGACAGAUCAAGUAUAGUACAAUCACACUGCUGUGGAGAUACAUUCUGAAGUUGACCAUGUCAUUGUGGGAGAGGAAGAGCAAUUCAAUUCUAUCAUCAAGAGUUUUUAUUUCUAUUUUUUAACCAAAAUCCCUUCGGUGUUUUAAUGAAAUGAAAAGCACAGCUUUUCACUCCCAGUUUCAUUCUGGGGGCCUUUUUAAAUAACUGUUCCCUUCAGACUAUCAGAACACAAUUUAAUGUAUCUUGGCAUGAGGGCAUCUCUGGGGAGUAAAAAAAAAAAAAAGUUAAGAAGGCACCAGUAC